GCACCUCCUCUCCCAUCUUUCCCCCCAACGCGUAUCACCUAGUUUCGCAACCUCAAAAGAAAAAGUUAUUAAAAGCAAGAAUGUCUGACCGUGGAUCCAACCCCCCUGAGGAGAAGCCCAAGCCUGAAGAACCCGUUGCCGACCCCAACACGCUCAACAUCAAGAUCGUGUCUACCAACGGCGAAGAAGUGUUCUUCAAGAUCAAGAAGACCACCAAGUUGAACAAGCUCAAGACUGCCUACGCCGACCGUGUUGGUACCGAUGUUGGUUCUAUCCGAUUGAUCUUUGACGGCGAACGUAUCCUCGACCACCAGACUGCUGCGGACCUCGAUCUGGAAGAUGGUGAUUCGCUUGAUGUCGUGCUUCAGCAGGUCGGCGGUUGUUAAGUCUCUCUCUCUCUUUCAUCGACAUUCGCGGCGGAAGUGACAAGGCGCGCCUACGUAUAUUAAGCAGAGGGAUUCUACUACAAGUUUUUCAUACUUUGUUGGGCGAUGUCUUUUGAGAGGCAAUAUGUAUGAAUAAGAACCGAAAAUCGAG